AUGGAUGAGAAGGUGCGAUCCGAAGCAGCAACAUAUAUCUGGAUGCAACAAAAUUGCCCUGAGAUACCAAUCCCGUACUUAUGGGGGUUCGGAAUUGGUAAUAAUCUUCAUAACACCCUACAACUGCUAUUUCGACAAUCGGUCUGCUCUCCCUACAUUCGCUGUAAACGACCUGACAUUCCGUUUACUGUUGGCUAUUUGCUGAUGGAUUUCAUCGAAGAGGAGGAAGGCCGCAUGCUUUCGACAACGUGGGAUACACUUUCUGGCGACUCGAAGCGAAAGACGAAUUUCUUCCGAGAUUUAUCCCGGAUCUUGUUGUCUUUGACCAGAAGGCCACUAUCUCACAUAGGCUCGUUGACGAUAGACAACGAAGGUGUCGUUAGUCUGGCUAAUCGACCAUUAUCUAUCAUCAUUCCCGAAGCAGAAAACGACAGUUGCCCGCCUGUUGUGAACCGCAGCUACAUUUACAGUGUGGUCGAGUCAUAUGUUCUGGACCUCUUCAAAUACCACGACAAUCGCAUCGAUAUCAGCCCAAUUCUGUCAUUUCAAGGGAUGAUGCCGUCGACCAAAUGGAAGCCUUGA